AUGUCUCAAAACAUGCACCGUCGAUUGACUCCUCCGCCUACAGUGAAUACACAACCAAGUACUCCACAGACAUCACAAAAUUCUGACUAUGACGACGAUUACGGCGGGGUGGACGACAUAUCGAGUGGCGAAGAGGACGGGGACGAGCCAAAUGUUGAGGGGGCUGAGGAGCGGGCAAUAAUUUCGUCUGAAGACGUCCCCGCUCCUUCUCAGCCGCUCUUGAUAGAAGAAACAUUCCAGGAAGAGUAUGACUUGAGCCGAGCAGACUUGGAAGCCUUCGACUUGUUCGAGGAACAAAUACUUAACGAGUCUGAUGACAAGGCUGUUGAAGCCCGGAAACAUGUCCCGAAACAUGUUCACUGGGAGUCCCUACAUGGUAGCGAGUCAGAGUCCAAUGGCUCUGAUAAUGAUGCCGAUUGGUGCACCGAUCUUUUCAUGGAGAAAGAUGAACUGAACUAUCAAUUUCGCCAACUCAUUGAUAAGGAUGAUGACAAAGGACAAUUCUCCGACGAUGGCUUCUACUACGGUGAUGCAGCAACCGACGAAGAAGCUGACUUCGAUGAAUCUGGUGACGACAGUGAAUUGAGUGGUUACGACUCCGAUGAAUCAGGGUUGACUACUGACGAGGAAGAUGUGCCUGUCACCUGUAUUUCUCCUCAUCGUUCAAUUAUACGCGCUACUUCAGAAGCCUCAACCUCAUCCGAGGAGGUCAUUCGCCCUACAGUUCGUCACGACCCCAUUCUCGGAACCUGGAAUCAUAAAAGCACCACCCCUUACGCUAUCUACGACAAGGAAAAUAAUAAAGUUAGAGUCUUUAAUCUGGAAAACUUCAGACGACGGAUGAACAUGGAAUCCGCCUCCAGGUCUCUUAUGGCAACUCCGAUGAAUACUCCUCAGCAAGGCUUCUCUUCCCUUCAAGCAUCUCCGAUAGUCAGUAAUUCUGGGGAUAUCAUGCUGAGCGGGAUAAAUUCGGAUUUCUUCGACAGCGGCUUCUUGGGUUCUACCGAACAACGCGAGGAUUACAACGUCGAGGAUGCGUUCAGAGAGUAUACAAACCUCGACAGCUCUUCCCCUCCCACCGACACUGAUGAAUCGGAUGAUGAAAAUCUGUGGUCUCUCGAAGAUCUGUUCGAUUUUGGCAACGAUACCUCCGAUGAAGAGCGAGCUGCUGGAUUAUCUGACAAAUGCCCAACCGACCCUCCAUCUUCAACACCUGCUCGUGCCACGACAACCAUAAGCGAAGACCAAUUGCAUCCCAAGCUUGAUCCCCUGCUUCGUCAUUUCAGUCGUGGAAAUGUCGGAUCGUUCCGUGCCUACCAAAAUGAGCAGAGCCUUCUCAAUCGAGGAUUGGCUACGGAAGAAAGCCUCGAAUUUGGGACUGCGGCCACUAUCCGAGGUGUCAAGGCGGGGCGUCUUCAUCAUGCCAAUACACCGAUCACCCCCAUUCGUAAGAAGAAGAGGCCUGUUGCGUUGGAAUCGAGUCCAGCGAGUCCAUCUCCGUACGCACCCAUGGCGAAGAAGCGCAAGCUUAACUAUGAGGAGAGACCUACAAGUCUCAAGAGAAAUCGUGAGUCGUGA